UCCUCUCCUCUUCAGUUUCCCAGACCGCUACUCCUGACCACAGAGGCUCCAAGCGUGCUGCAGAGCAGAAGCCAGAGCCUCUUGCGUUUUGUCUUCAGAAGAGCAGAGCUGCAACAAGUCCUGUGCAAGUAGCAACCUGGGCCCCCGCAUUUUCUGUCAGCGAAGGAAGAACCUCCUGAGAUGGCGACCAAUAAUGACCCCACUGUAAUCCCAAUGAUAGAAAGGCAUCGAUGUGACCUUCCUGAAACAAACACCAGUGACGCGGAGACACUGACUGAAGAAGCUGUGCUGAGUUUUCACAACAUCAGCUACCGAGAAACAGUGCAGAGUGGCUUUCCACUUCGGAAAAAGACACAAGUGAUAGAAAGACUAUCGAACAUCAAUGGGAUCAUGAAACCUGGCCUCAAUGCCAUUAUGGGACCUGAAGAUGGGAGCAGAUCUUUGUUAUUAGAUGUCUUAGCUGCAAGGAGAGAUCCAUGUGGAUUAUCAGGAGAUAUUUUGGUAAAUGGUAAACCUCGACCUGUUAAUUUCAAAUGUACGUCUGGUUAUGUCCCACAGGAGACGUCUUCUGCAAAUAACUGCAGACAGCAGUCACCACAAUUCCUGUCCUCGCAGAAUGAUGUGGUGUUGGGCACAGUGACUGUGAGAGACAAUUUAGAGUUCUCGGCAGCUCUUCGUCUCCCAUUGACUAUAACAAGAGAUGAAAAAAGAAGACGGAUUGAUGAGGUGCUGGAGCUUCUGCAUCUGGAUAAAGAUCAAAAUACCAAGCCUAGAUGUAAAGAAGUCAGGAAAAGGACCAGUAUAGCAAUGGAGCUGAUCACCGAGCAUCCCAUUGUGUUCUUGGAUGAUCCCACCACUGGCUUAGACUUGAGACCUAUGACUGAUAUCAUCUCAGUCCUGAGAAGGAUGUCGAAAAAGGGACGGACAAUCAUCUUCUCCAUCAAUCAGCCUCAGUACUCCAUCUUCAAAUUUUUUGAUAGCCUCACCUUAGUGGCUUCAGGAAAAGUUAUGUUUCAUGGACCUGCACGGGAUGCUUUGGAGUACUUCACAUCUGCAGGUUACAAUUAUGAGGACCACAACAACCCUGCAGACUUCUUCCUGGAUGUCAUUAGUGGAGGUUUCUCUGAUAUAUUAGACACAAAGAGAGACAGCCUUGAAGCUGACAAAUAUGAAGAGCUUUUUGAAAGACAGUAUCAAGUCACAGGAAAAUUGGCCAAUAUGUAUACCCAGUCCCCGUUACACAGUGACACAAGAAUCCAACUGGAUCAACUCUUGGGGGAACAGAACCUGGAGAGGAGCUCAGCCUUGGAGACCACAUGCGUCACCCCCUUCUGGCAUCAGCUAGGUUGGAUUACCUGGCGAUCAUUCAAAAAUUACAAGGGUUUUCCAUGGGUCACUGUGAUUCAGGCCGUUAUCACAGUCAUACUGGCUACAGUCGUAGGCACUGCUUUCCGUGUCCUAAAAAAUGAUUGCAUUGAAGUCCAGACAAGAGCCGGCCUGCUUUACCUGCUCACGGUCUUCCAGUGUAUCACAAGUGUGUCUGCAGGGGAGCUCUUUGUGAUUGACAGGGUUCGCUUUCUACAUGAGCAUAGCAGUGGAUACUACACAGUGUCAUCCUAUUUCUUCGGGAAAUUGCUGGCUGAGCUAAUACCCAGGAGGCUGUUGCCAAGUAUUAUAUUUACACUUAUAACAUAUGUCAUAGCCGGAGUAAAAACGAGUAUGAACUGUUUCUUCAUUAUGAUAUAUACUGUCAUGAUGCUGGCUUAUUCUGCCAGUUCCCUGCCAUUGUCCAUAGGAGCCGGGGAGAAUGCAGUGGCUGUUCCGACACUGCUCGUGACCAUCUACUUUGUGUUCAUGCUGUUUUUUUCAGGUCUAUCACUAUAUUCUGGAAGCUUCUUGCCUAAGCUUUCAUGGAUUCAGUACUUUAGCAUCCCUCAUUAUGGAUUUAGGGCUUUGCUGCACAAUGAAUUCCUGGGACAAAACUUCUGUCCAGAACACAACACAGAAGAAGUCAGUAGAUGCCAUAACUAUGUAAUAUGUACUGGUGAAGAAUUCUUGAUGAUCCAGGGCAUUGAUCUCUCAUCGUGGGGCUUCUGGGAGAAUCACCUGGCAUUGGCUUGUAUAAUGAUUAUCCUCUUAACAAUUACCUAUGUGCAGUUAUUACAGGUUAAGAUAUUAGAAGUUCUUACUUCCUGUGGGAGGAAUUUUCUACAGUUGUUUAAAUAGAUGUGAUUCCAAACUGCCUUCUAAAUGUUUAUAAUUAUACUCAUGGACAAAUGCCACAGAGAGGGUCUCGCUACCGUGAACUGUGGUGAAUUCAGAGACUCACAGCUGCUCACAGUUCAAGGCAAGGGACACCCAAGUACUUAACCACAAACCAGACACCUAUAGCAUGUCCUCUAUAGAUCAGAACAUUGUGGACUAGGAGUAGAAAGAGGGCAGGAGCUAGAAUAUGAGAAGAAGGAUUGGAAAUGCAAUAUUGUGGUCAUGCACAGCCAUGGCAACAACCAUGGUCUGUGUCCUAACUCUCCAGCUACCUGCACAAGACUGGAUCCCGCACCAGCACCAGAAGGAACAGAAGGGAACUCAAUGGGCCCAUCCCCUGUUCUGUUCAACUAUUGGCUACUGGCAGAUUAUGGGAGAGAGGCAGUCAUUGAUUUCACAUGUAUACUCAUAUUUGAGCCCUCAGGACUACAGUGGAAAGUCUGAAACCCUGGGUCCCAAGGACGGCCCUGUUGAAACUCUGUGUCACAAGACAAACCCAAAGAUGUGAAGGUGAGAAAGAGACUUGUAAAGAGGAGACUGUAAAGGGAGUGUAAGGGAGAUGAGAGGGGUGGGAUGGAGGGGGCAUGGCUGAAAUGCAUUAUAUAUGGA